AUGUUCACUUCAAUAAAAUCGAGCUAUUUCAGAAAAUGCCUUGCUCACCAUCAGCGCAGUAUGCAUUUUGGAAACAAAUUUAUCGGAGAAUCUGCGAAAACGCAGUACCACCAGAUUCUACAUAGAAGGCGAGAGCACCCCUCGACAGAAAACGGAAAGCUUGUUUUAGGUUGCUGGAGCAGAGUGGACAUCCACACGUCUUGCCUUCAGUAUGGCAGCAAAAAUUUAUUCAAGAAGUUCGCAAAUAAAUCGAAAAAGAAACUGUGGUAUGAAUCCCCUAUCCUCGGUCCUAAACAAAUUUCGCCGUCCAGUCAGACUGGUCCCUUGCAGCUCACCAAAUCGAAGAAACAAAAGCAAGAAAGCAGCUUGCGAGCGAGAAUCCUCAACACGAUUUUGUUCAAGGCUAUCAACGAUUUUCUCAGUUCACAUGAAGUCAGUGCGGAAGUCUACAACCUAAAUGUAGAGAUUUCUAAGGUCUCAUUGCCGGCUGAUUUUUCCAACUGCCGUGUUUAUUGGAAGACAAGUGGGACAUCUGAAAGGGACAGUCUGAUUCAGCAAGUAUUGGACAAAAGUGCCCCUCGUCUACGGCACCUUCUCAUUUCACACCAGGUUCUGGGAAGUGUUCCUCCCGUGGUAUUCCUGAGAGACAAACAGUAUGCUGCCCUUACUGAGGUAGAACAUCUUCUCAAGAUAGCUGACUUUGGUGAGAAAGAAAAUACUGACGAGAUCAAGAAUAAUGUGAAAGAUGGAGGGGAAUCUGCCCAGCUGUCCGAUACUUCAGAACAGCCUGUCACUACAAAAAGAGCUCUUCCGUUUGGCAUUGAUCAUGAGGCCCUGAACAAACAGAUCCUGGAGUACAAGAGGGGGUCACAAGAGUCCUUAUGCAAGAACCCUGCACCCUCAAUCACUCAGCAGCAGCUAGACGUGCUGCUGGAACGGAGGAAGCAGAAACUGAUUGAGAAGAAGAAAAAAUCCAGACGGCCUGUGGAUAAGGACGUCACCCCCCAGGCGUACCUGCAGGCCAGGUACGACCAGGAGACGGACGCUGAGGAGGUAGAGCAUCCAGAAUACGACAACGAAGAAUCGGAGGUGCCGGAAGUCACAGCAAGAGAUGAUCAUCUAUCAUGACUUCAAAGGAUUGCACAGGCGAUGGUAACUUAAAGGCUUUUUUAUUUAGUAAAUGCCCAUCCUUUGUAAUGUAUAAAUAUCAUUAAAAGGAGUCAUUUAAGUGUAA